AUGAAGCUAAACAAACGAAUUGCUGCUCUUGAACUCAAUAUGUCACUGUCUAGCGAAUAUCUCAGCGAGUUGAGUCGGCAGUAUGUGGCGCAAACAGAUGAACAUCAAAAACACAUGAAGCAAGCGAAGAAGGUUGUCGAAGAAGCUGUGGAGACUAUUUAUGCUCGAGUGAAUGAAACCCUUGCUCAUAAGAUAGCAAUUUUGCGCCAGGAAGUGGACAGGCUUUCGGGUUGGCUCUCUUCUAUGCGUCUCACUGCAUCAAGACUCACACUUAGCCGAUUGAGAGAUGGUCAAGAAAGCAGUAACCAAGAAAAAUGCAUUCCACAGGCUACUCAGCUUCACCGUUACUCUCCUCCGGAUGACGGACUUUGGACGACAGAGCAAGUUGUUUACAUGGUGGUUACUACGCAACUUGUAACUGUUCUCUUGCUUGCCGCUCUCAAUUUCUGUUACCAACGUUUCAUGAUCGAUCAGCCACUCUCUUACAAUCAAAAAUCACAGAUUGAAGAGCUAGUGAAUGAAAGAGUGAUGGCAGCGAUUGAAAAAAAUCGAUCAUCUUUUCAACGUCACGCUAACGGGAUAUGCUCGUGGAGCAGGAGGGGUUCACACAAUGAGAAUCGUUCUCUAAAAGUUGACGAAUGUGCGAGUUUUGCAGCUGAAAGCAGCUCAUCAUCGCAGCUGACUAAUAGUGACGAUUCCAGUACCGAAGAGGUAGUCGCAUCUGAUGGUUGUCCAACCCUUUCAUCGGAGGUAUCCGCAAUAGCUUCACUUGCCUAG